GAAACAUGGCGACUUCGAACAAUCCGCGGAAAUUCAGCGAGAAGAUUGCUCUGCACAACCAGAAGCAGGCGGAGGAGACGGCGGCGUUCGAGGAAGUGAUGAAAGACCUGAGCAUAACGCGGGCAGCCCGGCUACAGUUGCAGAAGACCAAGUACCUGCAGCUGGGACAGAACCGUGGGCAGUACUACGGAGGAUCUCUGCCAAACGUCAAUCAGAUUGGAAGCAGCGCUGUGGACGUGCCUUUUCAGACUUCAGGGCUUGACACGAACAGGUCGACGCGACACCACGGCCUGGUGGACAGGGUCUACCGGGACCGGAGCCGCAUCACGUCGCCCCACAGGAAGCCCAUGUCAGUGGACAAGCAUGGACGCCAGAUUGACAGCUGUCCAUAUGGCUCGGUGUAUCUGUCACCGCCACCUGAUACCAGUUGGAGAAGGACGAACUCGGACUCGGCGCUGCAUCAGAGUACACUAACUCCUGCCCAGCAGGCCUCCUUCACCGGAGGGUCACAGGAGCUGCAGCCAAAGCGAGUUCUCCUACUCACUGUUCCAGGGUCAGAAGCAAUCAAACAAGAGGGCGAUGACGAUGGACAAGAACAGAGCUGGGACUGCAAAAAGAACAUUUCAAGGUCCAAGCCCUGCAAAGUUCCUGGGAUCCACAUAUUCCCGUCUCCGGACCAGCAGCUGACCGCCUCACAGAAACCAGCAGCCCACAACACUGGCGGUUCUCUCCCUGACCUGACCAACAUCCAGUUCCCUCCCCCGCUGCCCACCCCGCUUGACUCGGACGACGCGGCCGCCGCCUCGUUCGGCUCCUCCAGCAGCAUACAUGCUCUGGGCAACACGCAAGGAGUGAGCACAUCUCAGCCCACAGUAACCAUGGAAAUGCAGCCUGGACAGGACAACAUGGUUCCUCUUAUCCUCAACGCAGGAGACUCCCACCAGCACCAGAACCUGCAGCUCUCUCCGACAUCUCCACCUCUCACUCUCUCUCAGGCGGCCAUCAACGCCAUGAACCUGGAGCAGCAGCUGUCCCAGUAUGCCUUCUUCAACCAGCAGCCAUCGUCCCAGACGCACCAGAACCAGCAACAGACGGGUCUGGUCCAGCUGCCGCCCUCCGUGAACUCCUGCCCCACGUCAGACAACCAGACGUCCUCGCAGAGCAGCAUGACCAUGGACAUGAACACGGCCUCCUCCCUCCAACAGUACCGCAGUAGGGUCGGAUCCUCUGCCAAUCAGUCUCCAACUUCUCCCGUCUCCAACCAAGGCUUCUCACCUGGAGGCUCGCCUCAACAUAACUCCAUCCUGGGCAGCGUGUUUGCAGACUUCUACGACCAGCAGCUGCCUUCCAUCCAGGCCAGUGCUCUGUCGCAGCAGCUGGAGCAGUUCAACAUGAUCGAGACUCCCAUCAGCUCCGACAGCCUGUAUAACCAGACCUCCACCCUCAACUACUCCCAGGCGCUCAUGAUGGGUUUGACUGGCCACUGCAACCUUCAGGGCUCGCAGCAGCUGGGCUACAGUAGCCAUGGCAACAUCCCCAACAUCAUUCUCACAGUGAGCGGAGAGUCUCCGCCCAGCCUGCCCAAGGACCUGACUGGAUCACUGCCCGCAGAUGUCAGUUUUGAUGUCGACUCCCAGUUCCCGCUGGACGACCUGAAAAUCGACCCGCUGACGCUGGACGGCCUGCACAUGCUCAACGACCCAGACAUGGUCCUCGCCGAUCCGGCCACGGAGGACGCGUUCCGCCUGGACCGGCUGUAACCAGCGCUCAGCUCAGCCAUGCACAGGUGUGUGAACGCUGCUGAGGAGGAGGAGGAGCAUCAGUUCCACACCAACCAAUCAAACCCCCCGACAGAGCUUUUAACCCUGGUAGGAAAGUGCAUUGAAAUGUUGUUGAAGACUGCUGCCAGCUUCCCUUCUCCAUGACCACAUACGGUCCGGUAUUACUCACGGCUCCGUCACUGCUUUUGCAAACGAUUCGUCCAGUUUUGAUUUGUUUGAGAUGCUUUGCUGUUAGUUAGGGAAGCUUGAGGAACAACAACGUGAGGCCAGGAGCAGCCUGGCGUCUCGUUCUCCAUCAGUGACUGACUAGACUCUGACUGCAGAGCAAACCCAAGUUUAGAACCCUACGGUAUCACUGGCCUGUUUACAUAGAGCAGCCCGAUGACUCAGAGGAAGCACACGUCAGUCCAACCUCCCUCUGUGCCCAGCUGGUGGUUCUCAGAGCUACAUUGAGUUUGGAUGUUGGAAGUCGGCCGAUAUCGCACCGUUUAAUUAGCUGUUGAGCUGUUUCUGGUCAAAUGAAUGAAAUCAGUCCUGAUGUGAUGAAGCCGCCUCUCGGUGCUUCAUCUGAUUGGUCACACAUCCAGAGUAACAGCCUGUCAACUCUUAGAAGUUCUCUCUUCAUCAACCCUCUGAACUCCAGGCAGGUUUUUACUCACUGUGGGCUCGUUUUUCACCUCUACUAAAGCAGCACAGCCGUGGUCAGAAGGAAGAGACAGAAUUAGGUUAACAAAUCCAUCCAUCAUCUCUACACCUUAACCCUCACCAGGGUCCUGGGGGGCGGAGCCUAU